AUGCCUUGCUUAUCGGCUUGUAAUGUGCGCUUUGUGAGCGCCGAGUCGCAGCUGAAGCAGAAGUGCCAGGAGCUGAGGGCUCGAGCUCAGACUGCCGCCUAUCGUCCGCCACCCGGCGGAUAUAGACCAUUUACCUCCCAGAAUCCUAGCCAGAGCUAUGUGCCCUUUCGACGGCGGAGCGAGCAGUUUGCCGCCUUCGAUCAGAAGCAGCUGAAGCGCAACGAGAGGGAGAGAAGACGCAACCAGGGCAGCAAGGAGCUCGUGUUGCGGCCGAAUGAUCUCAAGCGAUUGACGGGCAAGUGCAGGGUGGAGAGCAUUCAUGAUAAGCUCAAGGUGGUCGAGCAGACCGAGGAUGAGCAUCGCAGGCAGUUGCAAGUGGUGGAGGAGACACGGCGACGCUUCAAGCAGAUCGACGCCUCUCGCAAGACUGAUCCGAAGGAGGCCGAGCCGAGCACUGAUCUCAACGAGGCACUGGAUGAACAGAAUACGGUGCUAAGUCGCGCUCUGCUCGCCAAGCAGGAGCAGGAGGAGGAGGUGAAGCAGAUCAAUCGCAUGAUACUCGACGCCAAGUGCAAAGCGGUGCGAGAGGCACAAAUCCAGGAGAAGCAACUUCUGGCCAAAGCACUGCGCGAGGAUGACGAACGCCUGGCCAAGAUGGUCAACGAGCGAGCCAAGGAGGCACUCAACGCGGAGGAUGAACGCGAACGGCUCGAGAUCGAGAAGCGAGCCAAGUACGCCCAGGAGAUUCGCCAGCAGUUGACCGAGCGGGAGAACAAGCGCUUCCUGGAGGCCCAACGGGUGGCCGCCGAGGCCAAGCAUCUGCGCAAGGCCAGCGAACUGGUGCGGGAGGAGGAGGAGCGUCAGCGUAACUUUGUGGAGAUGCGCAAGUUGCGCUUCCGCGAGGAGUUGCAACGCAUCCGCGAAAUGUCCAACGUAUUCAAGACGAUGCUCUCCGAGCAGGAGCGUUUGGCGGAUCUGCGCGUAGCGGCCUACAUGCGCGAGAAGCAGGAGAAGGAACGCCAGCUGAAGGACAUACAGAAGCUGGUGAAGAAGGAGUUUGAGCGAAGACAGCAACGCAUCUACACAAUAGCCGUCGAGGCGCAGGAGACGCGCCAGACCAACGAGGAGCUCAAGUAUCUCAAGGAACGCAAUCGCGUCGAGCGCGAAUAUCGCCAGCGUGAAAAGGAAGCGGCAAUGGCGAAGCGAGAAGCGGAACGCGAUCUGCUCGAGUCGCGGGCCCAGCAGGCGCAGGAGAUGAAGCAGCGCAUCGCACAGGAGAUCGCCCAUGCUGAGGAGGAGUUCAACAAGCUGCUGGAGCGCAUGCGCAAGGAGGAGGAGAAGCAGAAGAGGUUGGAUCGCGAGCGCGAGAUGCGCAGUCAGACAUAUCGGCGCGAUCUCAGGCAACAGAUGACGGACCGGCAGGAGGAGCGUCGUCGCCUGCAGGACAUCGAACAGGACCGCAUGCACAAGUGGCUGGAGCAGGAGCGUCAACGCGACGCAAACAUCAAGCAGGUGAUCAGCUCCAAGAUUGCGGCCAUGCGCGAGAACUGUCUGCCCGACAAGUACUUGAAGGAGGUGGAGAAGCAGCUCAGAAACAUCCAAGGCACUCGCAAUCGCAUUCGCUGAGCCGAGCCGAGCCGAGCCAGGAGUCCCUCAAUUCCACAAUUCCAGUGCAUAGCCCCGGGCGCUAAUCUGAGGCAUGCAACUUGAGCUGCGGUUUUAAGCCCCGCCUGUAACUAUGCAGUUACUUUUACCUAUUAAGUAAAGAUU